AAAGAAGAGAGUGAAGAAUUGGUUGAAAGAAUAUUAAACAAUUCCCUACAUGGAGCUGUACCUUUAGUGCUUGCCAUUAUUCUAAUGAUUUUCUUUUGAAUGUAAAAUACUUUUUUACUGUCUAUUGAGUUUCCCCAGAAAAUCAUUUGAGGUUGCCCACCUCAGCUGAGUUCCUGUGACUUUGGCAGUGUAUAGUGAUGACAUAGUCUUCUUUGCAGAAUUGUAUCAGAAACAUUAGUAUUAUCCGUUAUUACUGAUAAGUUUAUAUAUCAUCAAGAUGUCUCUGUAUGAUGAUAUGGAUGCCAUUAAACAGAAGUCAGAGCAGGUGGCUGGCUGGUCGUCAGGCAUCAAACUCUUACAGUCACAGCUGCAGCUGAAGAAAGCUGUGCAAACCCAGCCAAAACGGGAAGCUCUUCGUAAGUCUGGUGUGACAUUGGCUCCUGUGAUAGACCUAAAAUCCAAAAAAGAUGAAGAAGAUUCCAACUCCAGCUCCAGCUUUGGGAGUUACAACUCGGGAAAGGAUGCAAGAGGGAUCCCAAGAGACACAGAGUGGAACUUUGAAGGAGAAUAUGACCCUAUGUGGCCCAAUGACUAUGAGAAGGUUGUUAAAGACCUGAGGGAGAUACGUGAUCGGGAGAAAGAGAAAGAAGAAGAGGAAAAGCGGCGGAAAAACCGGGAGGACCGUGAUCGACGAGUUCGAGACAGAUUUGAUAGUAGUGAUGAUCGUCGUAAAUCUGGUUUUGCUGGUCGCAAGGAUUCAGAUGAGGAAGAUGAGGAAGAGAAGCCAGCAGCCAGGGUGGGGGGUGUAGCCAUAGCUCCACCUCCAUCACUUCAAGAACCCAUGUCUCCUAGUGAGAGUUCUCGGUCACCUGCUGCCUCUGUGUCUGGGGACAAAUAUGGCCUGGCAUUUGGAGGCUCAGUGGCAGCCAAGAUCAUGGCCAAAUAUGGUUUCAAGGAAGGUCAGGGCUUGGGGAAGCAGGAACAGGGUAUAUCCAUGGCUCUGCAAGUUGAAAAGACCAGCAAGCGUGGCGGUCGGAUCAUAAGUGAGAAGGAGAUUAUGCCUCCACCACCUGUAACAGCACCAGGCUCAAACUCACCAGGUGCUACUUCACAACAGCAGAGCACUGCUACACAACCCAGACCAGAACCAACUAUCACAGAGAUCAUGCGCAGCCCAUCCAAAGUUGUGCUACUUCGGAAUAUGGUUGGCCCUGGGGAGGUAGAUGAAGAUCUAGAGCCAGAAGUGAAGGAUGAGUGCAACACAAAGUAUGGGGAAGUGGUAAGGGUAGUGAUAUUUGAACAACCCAAUGUGCCUAGUGACGAAGCUGUCCGUAUCUUUGUUGAGUUCCGUCGUAUUGAGUCAGCAAUCAAAGCUGUGGUGGACCUCAAUGGACGGUUCUUUGGAGGACGUCAGGUGAAAGCAGGUUUCUACAGCUGGGAGAAGCUGAAUAACUUAGAGUUACUUGACUGAAAGAAUUUGACUGAACUGUUUUAUGCAGUAUAUUGAAACUCUGAGUGUAUGUGUCCAUACAGCUGCCACUGUUUUGCUACUCUACAAAUGAGAAUCUUACUAGGCUCAGUUUUUAAUUUUUCACCCCAUAUUCAAGUGACUAUUUUUGUCACAUGUGAUGUUACUAAUGGGUGUUCUGGCCAGUUAUUGUGAAGGUCUUGAGACAAAAGUGACUAAUUUAAUCAAACUCAUUCAGCAUAUUAUUGAGAGAUAAAGCAGACAUAUUCAUUCUACCAAAGUCCUAUUUAAAGAACCACAUUAGGCUUGUAUGAUUUUAUAUGACAUAAUGCACUAUUCUGUUCUGUCUUUUAUUCAUACACAGGCUCUUCACAAAAAUAUACCAGCAUUUUCUUGAUAUUUAUUUAUGAAGCAAUAAACGCAUGCCACAUUAUACCAAAACUAAAAAGGUUUUACUCAUUAGAAAAUAUUUCCAAUGUAGGCAACCUCAUUACUAAGAGUUUUGGAAGAAGCUUGAUCAUAAGGAUCGGGAUUGAUGAAAUCAGAUGCUCAGUAUUGGAAACACAAGAAUAUAAAAUAUACUGAAGCAGAAAAUAUAACACCAGAACUACAAUGUAGAGCCAUGCUGUGACUCUAUGUCUAGUCAUUUGUCACUACUCCAUUCUUACAAGUAGCACAUCUUUCAUUAUGCUCCAGUUCAACCUUAUAUGAAUUUGAAAUGUUACACCAAAUGUCACAGUACUUUCUGCUUGCUCUAGUCUUGACUAAAAAUCUGACAUCCUUUUGAAAAUAUUUUAAUGUAGCAAGGUCGAUUUUAAAAGCACAGAGUUGAAAUUCUUGGCAGUUGUGUAUCAAAACCAGUAUGUUGUACAGCCAUUCUGUGUGCAUUGCUUCUUCAUUUUAUUCAUAAUUAUCCAAAUGGUUAAUUAACAUCAAGCAUAUGUAUAAUAAAUAUGAGGGUGGUUCAGGUUUGACCCUUACAUUGAUUUUGAAUGUACAGAAUAACAUGGUAAUGUAGUCAGUGUUCAGCAGUCUAAUUUUGGAUGGCAGAGCUGCUUGUGGUCUCUGAAAGAAUGCUUAUGUUAAAAAGUUACAGUGAGGUAUGUAGCACACCCUUGAUUUUCUUACUGGUGUGAAAUAUGUGUCCUCCAGAAUACUCUGUUUUAAAGAAUAAUGCUUGACUCAAUUAAGAGUGCCAAGUAACAAGAUUGAUCAGAUUGUAGGAAAAAUGUUUACAGUGCCAUCAUCAGUCAGAUUCGUCCUUUGUAUUAGACCUGAUAACACUUGUGUACUGAUACAUGCAGUUGCACUCAGAUUGUGUUUGUGAAAUAUAUGGCAGCAUUAGUGGAAGGUAUAAACAUUUCAUUCCUGAACAGUUAAGUCAAGAAAUUGACUUCAAAUAAAAUUGUAAAACAUUCAAAAAAAUAAAUAAUCACUGAAAAUUUUUA